CUUCUUCUUCUUCUUCUUCUUCUUCUUCUUCUUCUUCUUCCCUUUUCACUCAUUCCACUCGUUUCUCUUGUCCUUCGCUUGCUUCAUCCCUCUCGCUCUCCCAGGUCUCCCUCCCCCCCCAUUCGCUCCUCCCUUUCCUUGUGUCUGUCGGUCUACAUCCCCUUUUUUUUAUUUCUUUUCCCGCCCUCGACCUCUUCUCUCCUGAUCCCUGGUGGAAUCCAACCUCCUCUCAACGGCCUUUCCUCCCCUUGAUCAUAAAUCGUGGUUUUAAUGGCGGUGGCCUUGAAAUAUUAAUACAAUUAGCGUCGGGCCCAGUCUUUCGUUUCUCUUCUUCGCCCUACUGAAUCAUUCCCGGCCUGAUACCCCGUUCCAACGCGACUUGACCAUGACGGCCGUUUACCCUGCGCCUAAUUCCCCCCCCGAGCUCUCCGGCUCCAAGUCCUCCAAAUCCUCGUCGUUUCGCUCUUCCUCACGCCCUUCCAGUCCCGACGGGUUCACCGACGUCUCCAACUUUGAAGAUAUCGGCCUGGGAGACGACGCCGAUCUGUCCUAUAUGCAAGCCUCUGCGGCCCCCUAUGGCCGGGCCCCGACGGCCAGAAUCAUCGGCAAGUCCCCCAUGACCACCACCCGCGAUCUUACCGCCUCCAAUCCCUCCCGACACCACCCCAAUGGAUUGCCGCCGAAGGGACGCUCGGGUCCCAAGCUGAUGACGGGCUCGCGCGAUUUGCAAGCGCCACGACCCCAGUCCCGGUCUCAUCGGAAUCGCUCCACGUCGCCUCUGCGACCGUCGUCUUCCUCUCUCACGUCGCCCUCGGCCCAGACCCUCGCUCCGUCCCCGUCCCCGUCCAGUGCCCGCACGCUCAACCGAAAACAGUCCUGGCAACCCAGUCGCAAAUCGCUCAAGGAGCUGGAAGAUGAAUACCAUGACUCGGAUGAAGAGCUACCGGAAGACGCCAGCCUCUGGAAUGUCCCCAUUUCGCCCCGGCCCAUGGAAGACCGUGCCCCCUCCAGAGAUCACAGCCCCAGUGGACGGAGCCCCGGUCCGCGUCCUUUCCCUCUUUCUCAUUCCGUUUCGGAGGCCUCGAUAGCCUCGUCCCCGGCACUCCGGUCUCCGGGCGUGCCUCGAGCAACCCGACCAAUGGUCCGAUCCAGCUCCGCCGGUCCGGAACGUGGCCAGAUCUCCCCUCGUAACCCGCGCAUCUACUCCUAUAAUAGUAUGAUGUUGGAUCUCUCUGAAGAAGCCAAGAACAUCACGCAAGCGCUAGAGUUCCAUGCGGACGAAAACGACCGGAAACGCGGCGAUGACCUGCAGAGCGGACUGUCUUCACUGCGGUCCAGCACCGAGUCAAAACGGGGCUCCAACAAGACUGUUGAGCUACCACCCCUGCAAAAAUCCAAUGUCAUGAUUGACCCAUUGCCUAUUAGCAAGGAAAAGGAGAAGGUUCUUUCCCGAACCCGACCUAGCUGGCUCCCUCCAAAGGACCAAAAAGAGGAACGCAAACAUUUGAAGGAGUAUCAGAAAAUGAUGGCCCAGUCUCGCGAAGCAGACAAACGUAGAGCCGCAAAGGCCGCCUCUGCCAAAUGUGAGCGAGACAACACCAGAGAUACCUUGCAGCAGAUCUGGGACGAUUACGUCUACCCCAAUUGGGACCAGGCUGUGAGUGAAACCCGUACCCGGGAGCUGUGGUGGCGAGGCAUUCCUUCCCGAAUUCGCGGAUCGACUUGGCAGCGUGCCAUCGGCAAUGAGCUGGCUUUGUCCGAGGAGACGUACAACAAGGCGCUCCAGCGGGCCAAAGAUGUCCGGGCCAAGUCUAGUGAUGCCGGGGAAAGUAGUAACAGCCGAGUGAUGGAGUGGUUUGACGCCAUUCAAAGCGACGUGUCCAACGCAUUUGCCGACCUGAACCUCUUUCAGGAAGGCGGGCCUCUGCGUGAUACGUUGGUUGAUGUACUCGAAGCGUACUCGAUGUAUCGAAGUGAUGUUGGAUACACGACCGGUCUUCAUACCAUUGCCGCGCUUCUUGUGCUCCAAUUUCCCACGCCGGCAUCCGCGUUUCUCGCCAUGGCCAAUGCGCUCAACCGUCCGUUACCAGUUGCGUUUAUGACUAUGGACUGCGGUGCUAUCAGCCGUACUUAUUCCCUCGCUUCUACAACGCUCCGCUACAAAUUUCCCCGGUUGGCUACGCAUCUCUAUGACACGCUCCGCCUGAGCGAUGAGGAGAUCUGGGACAGCAUGUUCCGAUCCCUGCUCUCGAACGGCCUGGACCUCGAGCGGAUCAGUCGCGUGUGGGAUUGCUGGGUGUUUGAGGGCGAUCGGAUUAUGAUCCGUGCGGCGGUCGCGGUGCUGGGCAGCCUGCAGGCGCAGCUGUUUGGAUUCACCAAGCCGGAUGACCAGAGUCGUCUGGCGGUUCGAAACAUCCUGGCGUGGGGCCCGCGAGAUGUCGGAACGAAACCCAAGGAGCGCCACAGUGCGCCGCCCGCAACUCUGACGGGCUUCGGCGGUGGUCAGCUGGCCAAUGCGGGCGUGGGAGACUAUUGGGUCCUGACCUCCGCUGGCGAUGAGGAUGGUUUCAUGAAUGAAGUAAGGGAGGCCGGUAAAGUACGGCCUGCCGCAUAAGGACCUU